AUGGCCGACUGCCUGCGCAAGAUUGUCAAGAACGAAGGCCCGUCGCGCCUGUACCGUGGCAUCGCCGCCCCGAUCAUGAUGGAGGCGCCCAAACGAGCGACCAAGUUCGCAGCCAACGACUCGUGGGGCGUCUUCUACCGCAACCUCUUCGGCGCGCAGAAACAGACGCAGCCGCUGGCGAUCUUGACCGGCGCGACCGCCGGUGCGACCGAGGCGUUCGUCGUCGUCCCCUUCGAGCUCGUCAAGAUCAGAUUGCAGGAUCCCGCGAGCGCAAGCAAAUAUAACGGCAUUGUGGACGUGGUGGCCAAGACAGUCAAGGCGGAGGGGCCUCUGGCGCUUUAUAACGGCCUGGAGUCCACGCUGUGGAGGCACAUACUCUGGAAUGCCGGCUACUUCGGCUGUAUUUUCCAGGUCAAGUCCCUGAUGCCCAAGGUCGACAAGUCACAGCGCGGGAAGGCCAUGUUGACCGAUUUCGUCUCCGGCACCAUCGGAGGCACGGUGGGCACGAUCCUCAACACUCCCAUGGAUGUCGUCAAGUCGCGCAUUCAGAAUUCGCCAAAGAUCAACGGCCAGGUGCCCAAGUAUAACUGGGCGUGGCCUGGAUUGGGCACCAUCAUGAAGGAGGAGGGUUUCGCGGCGCUGUACAAGGGCUUCUUGCCCAAGGUGUUGAGACUAGGUCCUGGGGGAGGUGUCUUGCUAGUGGUCUACACCGGCGUGAUGGAUUGGUUCAGAAAGAUGGGCGCCCAGCCGAUCGGUUAG